AUGCCGACCACCACCAACAACAUUCUCCAAUCCCAAAUCUGGUCCGGCUCCCUCGCCCUAGAAAUCCACCUCUCCGCCUCCGACUGUCGAACAUAUGACCAAUCCGAGCCGUAUCUAAUCCACUUCCCUCGCCUCUCCUACCUCGCCUUCCUCCUCCCACGGCUACACGCCUUCUUCACGCCCGCGCUGAUCAAUCCGGAGGUAUCAUCACAUGAUGCCUGGUUCACCUUUGAAGACGUCCCGCUAAAAUGGCACUAUCCUCUCGGUUUGCUGUAUGAUCUCUACUCCGGUGCUGAGCCGGUGGACUUGGCUUCCGCUGCUGAAACCGACGAUGCCGCGUCAAGCAAGACUUCACUUCCAACCCCGUGGAAGUUAACGAUUCAUUACUCGGAUUACCCGGAACAUCAACUUCUCCACCUCGACCCGGAGGGGCGAACCAUGCACGACACGUUCAUCAACAGCGUCAAAGAAGCCGAUUUUGUGCGGAAUGGGUCCGCGAGAGCGGUCAUGGGGUUGAGUAAAGAGGACUCUGAUAAUUUGUGGUUAGCAGUUCAGACUCACAACCUGCCCCUCUUCACCCGCACCCAGCACAAACUCCUCCACCCACCCGGCCUUUCCCUCCGACACAUCCCCCUGAAACUCUACCUCCCCACCUCGUCCUCCUCUCUCCUUCCCGCCGACCCCAUCCCCGAAGACCCCUCCACCACCCCUUCCUCGUCAGCCCACCUCCGCGUCGUACAAUCUCUCAUCCCGCUACACAUCCCCGGAACCAAGUCCCCUCAAACCCUCGGCACAGCCCUGAACAAAAUACUUCCGACGAUUUUUCCGAGUCGGAGGAGUCCGAUUUACGCGCGGGUGGUAUUGCAUGGAGUGGCGCUUCCGUUGGGGGUGGAAUUGCAAGGGCUGAUGUUAAACGGGGGAGGGUUUGGGGAUGGCUGGUUGCAUUUGGGAGUGGUGAUGCAUGGGUGA